AAUUCCCUUUGUAAAAACCGCAGAGAGAGAGAGAGAGAGAGUAGUAAAUGUAAAUAAGAGUGUAACGACAGACAUUCGGUGGAAAGAAAUAGGAAGCCGUUACAGGAGAAAGUGACAAGGAGGAGGAAGAAGAUGAAUUGACGAGUAUUAAAAACGACGAGUGGGAGGAGGAAUGAUGGAUACAUAUGCCCAAACCACAAGGCAACGCAUAGACAAAUAGAAUCGCCUUUCGUUAUGCCUUGUACAUGACGCUGAUUCUGCCUUCUCCGAUCUCCAUCCUGCUCCAAAUUUAAAUAUUCAUAUCCCAGUUUCUUUUCGUUGUUCACAAUCCUCGGUUGGAGCCAAACCAAGCCAAUAAAAAAAAUUUUAAAAAAAAAACCGAGAUCUAAGAGUGAUUCGAUUUAUGUGCUCGAGCUGAAUCGCCCACCAAGAUCUCCUUUCUCUUUCUCUCUAUAUGGGUUCCUGUUCUAAUCUACCUAUAUAUUGUAUGUAUGUUUGUUUUUUUGGUGCUUUGUCUUUCUUUGGAUAAGGAACAGAUCAACUCAAUUAAGGGAAGUAAUUGGGGGAUCUCCUGUUUUCUUUAAUUGCUCAACUGUCAGCAUUGGACCGGAUUGAUGAGCGAUGCAGAGGUCACGUAGAGCUUUUCUGCAAAGAAGAGCUUUGGAGAAGGCUAUAAGUGGAAGAACUAGAUUGUACAAGGUUUCUCUUUCUUUGGUGUUUGUUUUGUGGGGGCUUGUCUUCCUUUUUAGCUUAUGGAUCAGUCACGGCCAUGGUUAUAGAGAUGAAUCUGCUGUAUUUUUUGCUGGCACAUCAACUUGGGAUGAAGCUAAGGUGGGAUGUAAUGAACACUCAUAUACUACAGAUAAUCAUCCACCAACGGAGGCUUUGUGUACAGAUGCUGCUGAAACCAGAGGUUAUGGUAGUAAAUCAGUUGCUGAUGAUGGCAGCACAAAUUAUGUCUCAGUUGAAGUGAGCAGAAAUGAUGUCUCAACUGUUGGAGAGCAACCUGCAGUGGAGAACUCCCUUUCUGCUCCGAAAUCGGAAAAUGACGCUCCAAAGAAUGAUCGUCUCUCUCACACUGUCCCACUUGGUCUUGAUGAAUUCAAAAGCAGAGCCUUUAGUUCUGUAAGCAAAUCUGAACCUGGUCAGGCUGGAAGCGUAAUACGCAAAGUUGAGCCUGGGGGUGCCGAGUACAAUUAUGCUUCAGCAUCAAAAGGAGCAAAGAUUUUGGCAUUUAACAAGGAAGCCAAGGGUGCCUCUAAUAUCUUAGGUAGAGAUAAGGACAAGUAUCUUCGGAAUCCCUGUUCUGUGGAUGAGAAAUUUGCCAUUAUAGAGCUUUCAGAAGAAAUCUUAGUAGAUACAAUUGAAAUAGCUAAUUUUGAGCACCACUCUUCUAAUUUGAAGGACUUUGAGUUGCUUGGAAGUUUGGUUUAUCCAACAGAUGAAUGGGUCAAACUAGGGAAUUUCACUGCUUCAAACGUUAAGCAUGCACAGAGGUUUGUUCUUCAGGAUCCAAAAUGGGUAAGAUACCUAAAGUUGAAUCUUUUGAGCCAUUAUGGUUCGGAAUUCUAUUGUACAUUGAGUUUUGUUGAAGUUUAUGGUGUGGAUGCUGUUGAAAGAAUGCUGGAAGAUUUGAUAGCUGCUCAAGAUAAAAAGUUGUAUGUGCCCGAGGAAGGAACUGGUGACAAAAAGGAAACACCCUCCCAACCAGAGCCCACAGAGAGUGUUGACCUUGAUCAAGAUAUCACAGAAACUGAAAUUACUUCUGCACGUGAAACUGUAAAAACGAACGUGCCUGAUCCAGUAGAAGAGAUGCGUCACCCACAAGUUGGCAGGAUGCCGGGGGAUACGGUUCUCAAGAUAUUGAUGCAGAAAGUGCAUUCCCUGGAUUUAAAUUUAUCAGUUUUGGAGCGGUAUUUGGAGGAAUUGGUUUCCAGAUAUGGCAAUAUUUUCAAAGAUAUCAAGGAAGAUAUAGGAGAGAAAGAUGUAAUUUUAGAAAGGAUCAGGGAGGACAUACGGCAUCUUCUUGAAAAUCAGGAAGUCAUUGCUAAAGAUGUUGGUGAUUUUAUUUCUUGGAGGUCCCUUGUUUCAUUGCAGUUAGAUAAUUUACUCAGGGACAAUGCUGUUCUCAGAUCCCAGGUUGAUAAGGUCAAGGAGGAUCAGUUUUCAAUGGAGAAUAAGGGUAUUGUGGUAUUCGUUGUAUGUUUAAUUUUUUCAGUUCUAGCUCUUGUGAGAUUAUUUCUAGAUCUGGCGGUAAGUGUUUAUAUGGCAUUGAGUGUUCAUAGAAUAAAUGAGUCCGGGAAAUUUUGUUGGAUGAGCUCGCCCUGGCUGUUCUUGCUAUUUAGCUGUAGCACUAUUAUCUUCAUACUAUCAAUAUAAAACACAUCUUGGAGUUA